AUGCCAGCGGCAUCGAAUGCCAGCUUUCCACUGGGGCACUUGAUGGUGACACACGGGAGAAGCAGUGCUGCAGAGCGCUUCGAACGGCUGGCAUCCAAGGCCUUCCUGACGCGGAAGAUCUCAGUGCUCCUGCCUGUGCAAGGCUUGCAGGGCCCGCAGCAGGCGCAGUUGCCCUCUCGUCUUCAGCUGCAGCGGCACAUGUUUCUUCUGGAGGAUGUGGCGCUGGAGUCUUUGGGUGAUCCAGCCUUCGUAAAAGAUGUCGAGAAGCUGGGCAUUGCAGGUCUCAGCCGGAGCCAGAGAGGCCUAGACUCAGGGAAUGUUUUGGCCUUGUUGCCCGUGGGUGGUGGUCGCCUGGUGUCAGCGCUGCAACUGCCGAGCUUCCAACGACUUGGGUUGGAGGAGCCGAUGCCAGGUACAAGUCAGCUUGAACAGAAGUAUUUGCCAAGUGGACAGCGGCAUGUGCAUGUGGAUUUGCCGAUCUCCAAGACAAGGGCCAAGCGGGCGGCCAAGCAGGGGGAAGUUGCAACCAGCCGUUGGCAAGCUUUGGUGCAGCCGUUGCAAGAGACGAUUUCAUUAGUUGCCUACUGCAACAAAGAGACAGGAGCUCCCUAUGAUUUCUUGCCUCUUCAGUCAUUUGGUGGAACAAUCUCUCAGAUGGAGGUGCCCAUUCGGUCUCGUGUAGUAAGCCUGGGAGAUCAGCCAGCCUCAAGGCCUAGUGCUUCUUGCUUGCGGCCUCCUAUCGAACAGCUGAUUUGUGAGCCCUCAAGUUGGCCUCAUGCCAAUGGACGUGGCGGAGGGAAACAUGAGGGGCUCUCCGAUGCUUUUGGUUCAGCCUGCGAAGACUUCUUGGACUGGCUCGGUGCACUUCAGCUCCAAUUGGAUCCCAACUUCGAUGGAGAGCUUUGGCAGGUGCUGUCAUCAAAACAGGAAGAGGCCCUUCUGUGGACUAUGGGGGAGGGCCUGAUGGGUCCUGCACAGAUCAUGCACGCCUUGAGGAUUUGCCAAGAUGAAUUGCAAUCCCAUGCGGCAUGGUUUGUUCUAUCAAUUUGGGGCACAGAAGAUGCGCCCAUCUCUUAUCACGGGGGAGCACACAGCUUUGACAUGACGGGGGCUCAUCAUGUACAUUUACUCAGUAUGCGAGACAAUGCUCUAUUGAUCGAGGAGGCAAAUGCCCUUCAUUCGACUGUCGCUUGA